CUGGAUUUAAUGAAACAUAUUUUGACUUCUGGAUUUCUGACAGGUUGACAUUUGAAAUAUUAAGAUUCUUGUGCCAGUUUCGUCUUGGGCUGUACCUGACUGAUGUCCGAAUUACAAGCACUAUGAGUCAGGCAGAAUGGCUGGAGUUGGAAAGCGACCCUGGGUUAUUUACUUUACUUUUGGAAGAUUUUGGAGUUCAAGGAGUUCAAGUGGAGGAAAUUUAUGACUUAUCUAAACCUAUCACUGAAAUUGUUUAUGGCUUUAUAUUUUUAUUUCAUUGGAACAAAGCUAAAAAGAAGCCAUGUCGCCGUACUGGAAGGGGUUCAACCGGUUCGGUAAGCAAUACAAUUUCUCCGAGUUCUUACACACCUGUUUCCACUUGUGAUGUGCGAUCAAAUUCAGUUACACCGAAGACGGGAAAUAAUGGUUCUCGUCACCGUUCAGCAUCUGGAUCAUGCCAGGAUAUUAUUACUACUCCAGAGUCCAAGUCUGUUGGUGAAAUCUCAGAAUGCAAGUCGAUAAUUCCUAUUCCGGACAAAACAGAGAUUUUCUUUGCUCACCAAGUUGUGCAAAAUUCUUGCGCUACUCACGCUUUACUGAGUAUUUUGUUAAAUAGACCUGAAAUAAAUAUAGGACAUAUGUUAGCUGAAUUUCAAAAAGCUACUCGUUAUUUAUCACCAGAAGCUAAGGGCCUUGCCAUCGGAAGUAUGCCACAACUUGCUCAGGCACAUAAUCGACAUGCUGCAAAACCGCUAACAGUUUGCAAGGACGAAACAAUAUCUAAUUUGGAAUUACCUGAACCAAGUCAAGCUGCAGCAACCGCAGCAGCAAUCGCUAAGGCUAGUAUAGGAACGGUGAAUUGUGUGAAUUCAUCCGAUUCAAGCCCUAGUCUUGCUACUACAACAGGAUCUAACGUAACAAUUCCAGAUACAUUUCAUUUUGUUUGUUAUGUUCCUAUUGGUGGGUUUUUAUAUGAACUAGAUGGUCUUACAUCUGAACCAAUAAAUCAUGGUCCGUUAAAGAACCCAAACGAUCAAUUUGCUUGGACUGAACAGUGUGCUGACGUUUUGAAGGAACGUAUGCAAGAACAAGAUGUUCGGUAUAAUUUAUUAGCUGUUGUACCAGAUCGUCGUGUAGCGCUUACAAAACGCAUGCAAAUGUUGAAACGUAAUCGUCAACUUAUUCAAGAUAUUCUGUUGCGUAUGUGUCAGUUUGAUCAUACGUCCAAAUCGCUACAUUGUUCUAAUAGUAAUAAUAUUACUGUUACCACUGCUACUACUACUAUUACUACUACAACUGUUUCUAUCAAUCAUGAACAUCCACGUAAUCAAUCUAAUUGUCAUCGUCACCUUAUUCAAGAGGAAUAUAAAUCAAGUCCAUCUGAACAUUUUAUCAAUGAUGACAACUGUGUACAUCUGCCAAACUCAUCUUUAUCUGUGGGGAAACAAUAUAACCCUCCAUGCAUAGAGAAAUGUUCACCUACAAGCACAAAUAUGCCUAAUUGUACUAACAGUACUAAUACCAACAGUAACAAUCUUGAUAAAAACAAACAUGAACCAUCUGAUGACUUUGAGAACUCACGUUCCAUCAAAACUCGUUCAGCGACACGUGCUGCCAAACAAACAAUUUAUGAGAACCACAACUAUCCUGAAUCAGAAUUAAGUAAAUCAAUGCAACAAAAGCAUAAUAAUAAUUCUCUAUCUGAUACUAUUUUAACUGAUAGUAUACAUUCUCCUACCAAUGAUGAUUACAGUACAUUUUGUUUUUCAUCUCGUAAACGUUCUUCCUAUUCAUCACCAAAUGAACAUGAUGAUCCAGACUGUUGGGAAUGUCAGCACAAAAAGCCUUAUUUACAUAUGUCUCAACAGAAUGAUAUCAAUAAUAGUAGUAAUAAUAGUUGUGAAAAUGGUUAUAAUUGUAAUUCUCAAUUAGAAUAUUCUCCGAAUACAAAUAAAAUAAAUAGAAUUUUCGCUUCUUUCAUUUCAAAUAAUUCACCUUUAUCUCUUACCGUACUUACUGAAACAAUGUCUAGUACAGUUCGUAAGUCGAAUAUCAAUAAAGUUUCUCAUUCAGUAGGAGACGAUUGUAAAGAAUCAAAAGGGAAUCUUCGAGAAAUACAAGAUUUAGAGAAUGGUAUACCGAACGGAAUUUCCAUUAAAUUACAAGAAAAUUGUUUUCAUGAUGUGAAGAAUUUACAUUCACUUGAUCACAGUUCAGAUCAGCUAACAAAAGUAACAUCCACAUCUACAAGUUGUACAGAACUAAAUUCUUGUAACGCUAGUGGACCUAUAUACUGUGGUCGAUCAACAAUAUCGGGCGAACAAAACAUUCCAUUAAAAGAACUUACUAAACCUUUAACUGUUGAAACAAAAUUAUGGUGUGAUACUACUUCAGAAAAUCUUGAUGCAGGUGACUCGGGGACACCUGUUACAAGUGAUAUAUAUCCUACAAAUUCAUCGAUAACUUCAUCCAAUGAAAUUUGUGGUACUGUUUUAGAUUCACGUCCCCAAACACGAGCGCUUACUAGAGCAUCUUUAAAGCUAAAUCCACUUAGUUCAGUACAAGCAUCAACUGAAGAGCGAAUUUCCACCACAAAGAUAUCAUCAGAUAAUGUACAAUUAAAUCAUGAAUCCAGUGUAUAUAAUUCAGAUGUGUCAAACAAAUAUCGUUCACCUACAGAAAUUUUCCCAAUGACUACAGACUUAGCUGAAUUCAACAUUUCGACUUCAUCCAGUGAUAUCACUAGUUCACAUCGAGGAUCAAAGUAUCCAACAAGAUCUUCAACUCGAAUGGAUACUUUAGCUUCCCAUAAUUUAGCUCAUCUUCGUUCAAAUCCUGUUACUCUUCACAGUAAUACGAGUCCUUCAAAAGUUGGUAGGAUCACUUCUUUUGAACAGACUUCUACGGUUCAUUCCACUUCUAAUGCUAAUACUAAUACUACAAAUAUUACUUCAACAUACUUAUCACCAUUUACCUAUGAUUACAUGAAAUUGAAGAAUUCACCAAGUUUAUAUCCUCCGCCUUUAAGUGUGGAAGAACUGAACAUCCUACUGCAUAAAAUAGAUGAACAAAUAAAACUAUGUCUUAGUGCUUUGAUUGAGGAAGAGGAGAAACGUCGAUCCUAUCGUAUUGAUGAUGCUAGACGUAUACACAAUUAUGAACCAUUUAUACGAGCUUUUCUCACUGCCCUAGCUAGACAUGGAAUGUUAAAAGAUCAAGUAUUAUCUGCAAUGAAACUGAAACAUACAUCUGUUAUUAAUCACAAUCAUAUUUCAUCCAUACAAGUAUCAGACAGCUGUAAAAAGUCAAAUGUAAAAGCUCACCAUAAUAAUAACAGUAAUAAUAAACAUGUAUCUAAUAAAAUACAUACUGAACGCAUCUAUUCAUUGACUAAUAAUUCUUCAAUUAAAAAGAGAACUUAUCUUUCAAGUUCACUAAUAAAUAGAUUGACUCGAGUUAGUCAAUCUACGAACAAUAAUAUUCGUGUCGCUCAUCACUAUAACGCUUUGAACUAUCGCAAGCUACGAAGGAGAAGAAGAAUGAGGGAUUCUAUUGGGAAUUCAAAAUCAAGUUGCACCGGAAAAGAUACAGGUGUAGUCGAAUUAAAAUCUCCAUUAGUUGAAUCAGCUAAUUUAACACCAUCUUAUAGGCCACCUGUAACAGAUGAGUCAUUACCAUCUAUCACCUCCUCUGCCUCUUGUAGUUUACAAAGUGUUUUGACUAACUCUACAACUAUACUUCAAGCACCCGUUGUAUCUACACAAAGUAAAAACUCACGUGCAAUACGAAUCAAUGUAAAUCAGCGACAUAGUGACGAAACUGGUGAAUCUCCUUCACAAGGCCCAUUACUUAUUUCAAAUAGUUUAUGUACAGAUAGUUGUCAAAAGUCAUCUGUAACUAUUGAUGAGAAUAGCAUAGUUGAAGGUAGUUUGGCUUCUUCAGCUGUGUCAUCAGUUACACUAGCAUCCUGUUCAUCAUGUGGUUCAUCCCCUCAAUCAUCCAAUUCAUCCCGGUCAACUAAUCUUCGAUCCAAUUCUUCUGGUGUAAAAUUAAGACAAAUUAAAUCAGAUGAUCGAGUUAAUACUAGACGUUCUUUGCGACCACGUGUCUCUCGUGAACAUGCUUUCACACAAGAUGCAAAUAUUUCAGCUGACUCUUUUAGUCUCACAUCAGAGGACCCGGAUACAAACAAUAGUGGAGUUAAUUUAAGAGAUAGAACUACGAAGUCAUCUUUACGUACACAUAAUACUGACUGUACUAAUUGUACUGUCACAGAAUCGUCUACUUCGUCCAAUUCCCAACGAUUUCGGAAACGACGCCUUCAUUGAUACAAUUUAUACAGUCAUUUAUCUUGAUCACUUUAUCCUGAAUGUCUUUCUAUUUAGUCUUGGAUGCUUUGUCAUAAAUGCCUUUUUGUUACUGUAUGUGUAUACAUCAAAAAUGUUUUUUAUUAGUAUUGAUUGUAAAGUUAAUCUUUUGGAAAAAAUAUGAGGUCAGCUGUGAAAACAAUUCGUUUUCAGUGCUUGAUUAUUAUCACUACUAUUACAGAAUUUUAAGUUAAUUCUAUUUCCCUGAAUCUUUUUUCUCUUAUUAUCUAUGUAUAUGAUGCAUGAAAUCGUAUGGAUGACGGAUGCGACAAUAUUUUUUUACCUUUCUAUUUCAUUUUCUUGUUUAUCUUUCUUUUUUAUCUCAGUUGUCUGCUUUUAAAAUGUAGAGUUAUCCACUUCUUACUGUAGUAGAUUUUUUGUU